AUGGUGAGGAAGAGAAAGGCUAGUGAUCAGGGAGAAGAAGAGAGAGAAAAGACUACUGAUGGGGAUAUGCAGUGGGCUCAGAUGGUGAAUGGUGCUGCAGCAGCAGUAGGUGGGGCCCGAUGUGCCCAGAAACACUAUGUUGGGGUGCGCCAAAGGCCAUCAGGGCGAUGGGUGGCCGAGAUAAAAGAUACAAUUCAGAAGAUUAGAGUAUGGUUGGGCACAUUUGACACUGCUGAGGAAGCUGCUAGAGCUUAUGAUGAGGCUGCUUGCUUGCUUCGUGGUGCCAAUACGAGGACAAACUUUUGGCCUUGUUCCCAAUCUACUUCUAAUUCAUCCCCAGCUCUUCCCUCCAAGAUCACCAAUCUUCUCCUCCAAAGGCUUAAAGCUAGAAACAAUGCUUGUUCUUCCCCGGCUGCUUCGUUUCAUGAUCACCACCAACAAAAGGAAAUAUCAGAUACCCAAUUUGAUGAUUUCUUUAACAUGUCCAAUGUGACCAACCGCAAAAACAUUGCAAGUGUUGAAUCAAGUUUCAUUCAAAAGGGAGGUAGUGGUGUGAGAGAAUGUGAAUUGGACAAUAAUUGGACUAAUGUUGAUCAGUUAUUGAAUUGUUUUGACCAUAUUGGAGGCGAGGGAGAGCAGAAACGAGGGGGAGAAGAAAAAAUGGAACAUUAUGGAGAACAGCCCUCGAUGCUUACAGAGGCGAUGAAGAGGAUGAAAUACGAACGCAAUUUUUCUGCUUCACUUUACGCGUUCAAUGGGAUAUCCGAGUGUUUAAGGCUCAAUAUUGAAUCCGGAAACACUGACUUAUCCAACCUUGCUAUCAGAUGCAGAAAAAAUCAAGAAGGAAACAAGAAGGAAGAUAACGAAUGUGUUCAAGGGAUAUGGCAAGAACAAGUAGAGAGCUUUCGAUUCAAUUCAACAGAAAUUGGGUCAUCAUCUUCUUCUUCUUCUUCUUCGUCUUCGUUGAGCAAGGAAUGCAGUGAAUUGUCUCUUUGGAGUUCUCUUGGUCUGCCUCCUAUCACUAUGUUAUUUAGUGGACACAAGGGGCUUGAAUUUUGA